AUGCUCAAGAGAAUAGACUUCUUCCGCAACUUUGGACCGGCCUUUCUAGACGAGCUGCUCAGCAGCCCGGAAAGCAUUCGCAAAGUCCUGGUCAUGCCUGGUACAGUCCUGCUGCGUGAGGGAACUCCUGGCGACAGCAUGAUGGUGGUGUCCAAGGGCCGUGUGGCCGCGUCUGUCAAUGGCCGCGUGGUGAAGCACCUGGGAGAAGGCUCUUACUUCGGUGAACUGGUGUUCCUGGGCGCCGCUCUGGUCCGUACGGCUACUGUAACUGCCACCACUUUCUGCGACGUACGGAUCAUCUACAACCGGAGCUUCAAGCGGACCCCGUGUCUGUCAGAGAGUGCGGCUUUGAGGGCUAUAGGAGCUAGGGGCUUGGGACCGCGCAUGUCAUGGCUUGAGAUUUUGCAGUUUCGGUCUUUGCCUGACCUGUAG